GUAAUCGUCAUAAUAAGGGAAGGAUGAUAACGGAAAGACUCUUAUUUGUUACUUCAUUUCGACUAUAUAUGUAUAUCAUCAUUCUACAUCAUAUUCCCACACUUUUGUUUUGCCUCCAAAAAAAAAUAUCAUCUCCAAUAUCUUGCAUCUAUGUUAUUGUUUUUUAUCCAUCACCAAUAAUGAUCCAUUAUCUACCUAUCGUCACCCAUCUAUUGUCAUCCACUCAUCAUUCAUAAUCUAUCAUCAUCCAUCAUCCAUCCAUCACAUAUCAUCCGUCCAUCAUAUAUCAUCCGUCCAUCAUAUAUCAUCCUUCCAUCAUAUAUCAUCCUUCCAUCAUAUAUCAUCCUUCCAUCAUAUAUCAUCCUUCCAUCAUAUAUCAUCCUUCCAUCAUAUAUCAUCCUUCCAUCAUAUAUCAUCCUUCCAU